GAUGGCUGAGAACGCCUGCAAGUUGCAAGCCCAUGGCCAUCUGACCAAAUGCUAGUACGCCGGCGGCACGCUGCUGCAACUCUCAUUACGCUGUCGUGGCAGCCAAAACGCACCCGAAGAGCAGAGCAGAAAGCGCACCUUGCCUUCACCGAGAAGAAUUCUCUGCGACAUUUUCCUUGGUUGCAAGGGCAAAGAAGAUGGCAGUGGCCAGUGGUCCCAUGGGCCAUGGUAGGAGUGUGAGGAAGAGCAAGGGCAAGGCAUUUGUUUCCCGCCAUGUCCCCACUCGAUCUCCUCCUCGCAAGUCAAGAACAAGCUACCUGGGCUACUUAAGCACGGCCGUCCACUGGUCCAUGGCGAGCAGCUACGAACCAGGCAGAUACCGAGAUAGCUUUGCUGCUGAUUGAUAUAGAAGUUAAAGAUAAUAUAUAUAGCGCGGAGCAGAAAUGGGCCGCGCGUUCGCGUACGUGAUCCUGGGCGGCGGCGUGGCCGCGGGCUACGCGGCGCUCGAGUUCGUCCGCCGCCGCGCCGGCUCCUCCCCCGGCGAGUUCUGCAUCAUCUCCGACGAGGCCGUCGCUCCUUACGAACGCCCUGCACUGAGCAAGGGCUAUCUGCUCCCACAAGGCGCUGCUCGUCUCCCAGCGUUUCAUACCUGCGCUGGUGCUAAUGAUGAGGUGCUCACGGAAAAAUGGUACAAAGAUCACGGCAUCGAACUUGUUCUUGCGACGAGGGUGAUCUCCGCCGAUGUCCGGCAGAAGACGCUGCUCACGGACACCGGGGAGACCAUCAGCUACAAAACCCUCAUCGUAGCAACAGGUGCCCGGGCCUCGGAGCUGGAGGAAUUUGGGGUUCGCGGUUCGGAUGCGGCCAACGUGUGCUACCUGCGCAGCCUCGAGGAUGCCGAUAAAAUGGUGGGGGCGAUGAGAUCAUGCCAUGGCGGAAACGCCGUUGUCAUCGGUGGUGGUUACAUAGGAAUGGAGUGCGCGGCGGCUUUGGUUGCCAAUGAGAUCAAGGUCACCAUGGUCUUUCCGGGAAAACACUGCAUGGGUCGUCUUUUUACACCGAAGAUUGCUGAAUUUUACGAGAAGUACUACGCUGCAAAAGGGGUUGUUUUCGUCAAAGGAACUGCGGUUAAAUCCUUGGAGGUCUCAGAUGGGAAGGUGGCUGCGACGAUCCUGCGAGACGGCAGGCGCCUUCCCGCGGAUAUGGUGGUCGUCGGCAUCGGCGCUCGCGCCAACACCGGCCUCUUCGACGGCCAGCUGGCCAUGGAGAGGGGCGGGAUCAAGGUGAACGGGCGGAUGCAGACGAGCGACGCCGCCGUGUACGCCUUGGGCGACGUGGCCGCGUUCCCCGUCGCGCUCCUGGGCGGCGACGUGCGCCGGUUCGAGCACGUCGACUGCGCGCGCAGGACAGCGCGGCGGGCCAUCGAGGCGAUCCUGGAGCCAUCCGGCGGCGCCGCGGAGGAGGGGAAACCCUUCGGCUACCUGCCGUACUUCUACUCCAGGGUCUUCGCCCUGUCCUGGCAGUUCUACGGCGACAACACCGGAGAAGCCGUCCACUUCGGGGACUUCUCGCCGUCCGGGGCCGCCGGAAAGCCAAAGUUCGGCGCGUGCUGGGUCAGCCGAGGCCGCGUCGCCGGGGCCUUCAUCGAAGGGGGGAGCCGGGAGGAGAACGAGGCGAUGGCGAGCGCCGUGCGCCGCGGGGCGGCGAUCGCGGACGUGGCCGCCGAACUCGAGAGCUGCGGCCUCGAGUUCGCCGAUGAGGAGAGCCGCCGGAAGGGGGUGCGUCGUGGUGGGCUCGCCGCCGGCGACAGGCCUACCUAUGCGCGGCACGCCACGGUCGGGGUCGCUGCGGCGGUGUCCAUCGCGGCGUUCGCGUACUGGUACGGCUGGAUGGCGCCGUACGUGGUGAAACGUGAUUUCUCCGGCCCAAAGUUAUGAUGAUGAUGUAUCCACAAUCCAGUUAAACGAAAGGACUACCUUUAAAAAUGUACAAUUAUUCAAACGAAUUCUCAUAUCGUUCAUAUGACAUAACAAAACGAUGAA